UCAUCCCCUUAUUCUCUCUUCCUCGGGGGACGAUCCGAUAGCUCUUCAGGCCAGCCGGUUCACACUUCUCUCUCGCUCUCUCUCUGUAUCCGCUGUGUUUUUUUUCCUCAUGGCGCUCAUCUCUACAGACGCAUCGUUUCCCGGGACAGUUCCGCUCUUGUACUAAUAGAUUUUUGGUUUCCUCUCGCCAUAAUGUGGAUCUCCAGCGGUCUGGGUGCUCUCGGGAGGCUUCGUGAAUCAGCGGCCGGAGGGCAGACGAAGCAGCUGGGAUAACUAACUGUGUGCUAUGGUGCGACCUCCUGGAAGGGGCAAGAUCGAGUUCGGCUUUUCACAGAUAUCAGCGGCAGUUUGCACAGAGCCAUGGAUGUAACGAGGAGUUCAGCGGUCUGAACACAGCCAGGUGAGCUCGGUGGACCACCAUCAUCAUCUCAUUGAGCAAAUCAAGCUCCAGACACUCCCCCACACACACACACUCGCCACGACAACCUGUUUGAGGUAACCCACUCCCACAGUAAGACAUCAGCACACGCAGAGCAAACAUGACAGACAGAGUGGUCUUCAGCGCACCCAAAGUCAACAACCAGCGGUCUGCUGCAGUUCCUGCGCUCGCAGGGCCUGUGCUCCCCCCUGAGCCCAUCGACAUCAUCCGCAUUAAGGCCCGCUCCCGGCGAGUCAGGCUCAAUGUCGGAGGUCUCACACACGAAGUCCUGUGGAGAACACUGGACAGGCUGCCCAGAACCCGUCUGGGGCGGCUAAGAGACUGCAACACCCACGAGUCGCUGCUGGAGAUCUGCGACGACUACAGCCUCAACGAGAACGAGUACUUCUUCGACCGGCACCCGAUGGCCUUCUCCUCCAUCCUCAACUUCUACAGAACGGGGAAGCUGCACAUGAUGGAGGAGAUGUGCGCCCUGUCCUUUGGCCAGGAGCUGGACUACUGGGGGAUCGACGAGAUCUACCUGGAGUCGUGCUGCCAGGCGCGGUACCACCAGAAGAAGGAGCAGAUGAACGAGGAGCUGCGGAGGGAGGCCGAUACGCUGAGGGAGAACGAGGGGGAGGAGGAGGAACAGGGCUGCUGGCCCGACAAGAGACAGAAGCUCUGGGAUCUGCUGGAGAAACCCAGCUCCUCUGUGGCUGCAAAGUUUCUGGCUAUGAUCUCCAUCCUAUUCAUCAUCAUUUCCACCAUCUCGUUGUCCCUAAACACCCUGCCGGAGCUCCAGGUGGUAGAUGAAUUUGGCCAGUUCAAUGAUAACCCCAGCCUAGCCCAUGUGGAAGCUGUUUGCAUUGCCUGGUUCACCAUGGAGUAUGUGCUGCGCCUGCUCUCAGCACCCAACAAAUGGGAUUUCAUCAAAGCACCCCUGAACAUUAUUGAUUUGCUGGCUAUCCUGCCUUACUUUGUGACCCUCUGCCUAACUGAGUCUAACAAGAGCGUUCUGCAGUUCCAGAACGUGCGCCGUGUGGUCCAGAUCUUCCGAAUUAUGAGGAUCCUGAGGAUCCUGAAGCUAGCCAGGCACUCGACAGGACUCCAGUCAUUGGGCUUCACUUUGCGAAGGAGCUAUAAUGAGUUGGGUCUACUGAUCCUCUUUUUAGCCAUGGGCAUUAUGAUCUUCUCCAGCUUGGUGUUUUUUGCUGAGAAGGACGAGGACGCCACCAAAUUCACCAGUAUCCCUGCCUCCUUCUGGUGGGCUACCAUUACUAUGACCACUGUUGGUUAUGGAGACAUCUACCCACAAACCCUGCUGGGCAAGAUUGUAGGAGGGCUCUGCUGCAUAGCAGGUGUGUUGGUCAUUGCCCUUCCCAUACCAAUCAUUGUCAACAACUUCUCUGAGUUCUACCGAGAGCAGAAGAGGCAGGAGAAGGCCGUCAAGAGGAGGGAAGCUCUUGAGAGAGCAAAACGGAGCGGAAGCAUUAUUUCUAUUAACCUAAAGGAUGCUUUUGCACGCAAUAUGGAACUUACAGAUGUGUUGGUGGAAAAAAAAGAGGACAGUAAGUGUCCUGUGGACAAUCGGCCAUCACCUAGCCGCUGGAGCUACCACAAUAACUACUCCAAUGCAGAGGUGGGUAGCCCAGGCAAGUCCCAUUACAGGGAAGUGGCUCAGCGGGGGUCCCCUGAACGAGUCAAGACUUCAUCUGAUAAAACUUCCCCUCAAAACCUAAGCGCAAAGCGACUGGAAGACACUUACAAUAAGACUGCAACCAUCCAGGAGCAGCAGGAGAACAUUACAAAGGAGCAGAUGGAGAUGAAAAGUUUAUCUUCAACUCAAACCCGACAAACUUCGUCUGAAGUAAACAUUUCCAGGAAAUUCUCUGAUGUCGCUGAGGAGUUUUCAGUGGAAAGAGGAGAAAGAAGCUCUCUGCUCCCAAGUGCUGAAGGGAGUCAAGCUGGAACUAGAAACCAGCGCAUCCCCCCUCCCUUGGAUCUAAGUCAGAUCAGUACCAUGGAAGUGAGCAAGGGCCCAGACAGCCUCCAGCCAAUGACCAUCAUUAAAGAGGGUUUGUAUGAGUUUGUGUCUAGCCCCAAAGCAAGCGGGACUAGAGAUAUGGGUUUGGUGCCCCAGAGCAAGGAAAGUGUUGGGGUGACUUAUGACAGCAACUGCAGUUCCUUGCAAGAUUACAGCAGCCCUAUAAAGCCAAGAGCCCACAAGGUUGACUUCAUUGGAUCCAAAGAUGACGUGCUAAUGGUGGUGAUGACACCUGUAGCAAAACAAGCCUCCGCUGGCUCAGCCAAGCUUGCUCAACUGCUUUCCGACGACAUGGUUUCCAGGUUCUCCCCCUCUUCUACCUCCGUAACCCAGGAAGCUAAGUCUCCGCUGGCGAUCCUGCAAUCUCCGUGUCUGGCCCAGCAAUCUGUCAGUCCAAGCAACCCCCAGGGGGGAGGUGAGGGCUCAGUAGCCAGGAGAUUAGAAGGUGAAGGACAGCUCACAAGCUUAAGCCACCAGGGGACGAAUCACAUGGAAAGGUCUGCUGUCGGCUCAGGCAACAAUGCUAGCCCACUGUCCAAAGCCAGCCCCCUCAACUGCACCCAGGAGUUGGCAUUUAUGGAAGGAGGGGAAGAAGGAGAAGGAAGAGAGGGAGCAGAACAGAGUGGGGAGAAACGAGAAAAUCACAUUGUUCUAGACAGAAGCGCGACACCACCCUGUGAAACGAGCAUGUGAGCCCAAAGAGUAGAGAAAAGUUCACAAACAGGGACGCCAAAUGGAUGGGUUGAGUAAAAGGUGGACGGGAUGGAUGACAGCAACUACCCAGAAUAAACCGGAACAACUAGUACCCGGUGUGGGCUCUGCACCUGUUGACAAAGACAAUGCAGAAACACACCAAAGUGUUAACAAAACUAUCAUUACAGUUGUUGUAGUUUUUCUGGAGCGACCUGUCAGAUCCCACUAUAGACUUUUGGACUCUCAUCUGAUUUUUGACAAGUCCUGAAACAGACACCUCUGCAGUGUUUGUCACAUGGCUUUAUUACAUCGAGGGAAGUCAGAAGCACAUGCACACACAUGUCUGGAUACUAUCUGAAAGACACUGUCUCACGCCAGUGUUAUUGACUAUUAUUUGUAGACCAGACUGAUAUGCUGCAGAGCAAAACAGUGACAACUGAUAAAUCUCUAGGGCUCAGAUGUGAGCAUAAACAAAGCCUUGUGUGAAUGAGAAUAUUUACGAAUAAGAGAGAGAGAGAGAGAGAGAGAUAGAGAGAGAGGGAGGGAGUUUAAUUUACAGUCUCCUAUUGCUUGCUAUUUAGGCCUAUUUCUUAUGAUGGACUAAUAAUAAUAACACCAAUAAAACCAAUAAAAUACAGAAGGUGGAAGGAAGUAAUACUUUUUACAAUUGUCUAAGCAAAUUUCAUCUCGUACAAGACUUGAGUCUUUAUUGUGUACCAUGGGUCUUGCUUACUCAUCAUUCUCUCAGUCUAGGUAUUUCAAUAUUGUAAUUGUACCCAGAUCAAACACAAGCACAUGACACUCUUAGGACUUGUAUCACUUCAUUGGACACAAAUAGCAUCUGCUGUAUCCCAAACACUGAUAUGUGUUCAGUUAUUUAUUUUUUAUUUUUUUUGUCUCUCCUUUUUCUAUAAUACCUGAAACGGCUAAAUGGUCUUAAAGGUGAAAAGGGAAUAGAAUAGGGAUGCAAAGUCUAUCGUAUUUAUAGAACACUAUUUGCACACACUUCUAGAAUAAAAAAUUCUGAAAAAUAAAUAAAUAAAUAAUGAAAAACGCUUAGGAAACAGAACUAUAUACUCAUAAAGAGACGGGUGAAAUGGGCAGAUAUAUAAGGACAUAAAGGAAAGUGCACAAGAGUGGACAAAUUCACUGAUCGCUCAUGUGUGGGGCAUCUCAAACGGGGCUCUCCUCCUUCAGUGUCAUGCAUUUCUAUGUGUCAUAACAGGCCGAUGUACAUUAGGAACCUCCACAUAUGGCUGAGAAGUGUGACUUUUCCCAUCCUUUAUCAAAACAUUGACCGGCCACUUGUUUAAUGGUGUAUUCAGGCAGUUGACGAAGAGCACCCAAACCCACAAUCUGUUUUAGUCUCUGUGAGACUACUGUUUUAUUAAAGGAUAAUUCCAGUUUACUACAACUUUGGUCUUGUUUUGUAGUUUUGAUCUUCGUUUCUAUCAGUAAUAAUAACACUGUGCUCACCAAUUUAAUAGAUGAGAUCUAGCAACACGGUCACAUCGAUAAAAAGAAGACCAAUGGGUCAAGAAACAUGAGCAGUCCAACUAUCAGAUAGGUUGAAAACAAACAUGUUAGUCAAACUUUGGAAGAGAAAACAAAGACGAACAUCCAUCACAGUUUACAGACCCACCACUAUACUUAGGCCCUCAGUAUGCUUCAAACAAAGUACUUGUCUGAUUUGAAUGGGCAUCCAGCCAUUUUUGUAACUUUUCCAAACCGCCGACCUGAUAUUGGCCAUAUUGGCCAUAUUGGCCCCAGGUUUCGGUAUUUAACCCUAGCCUUUAAUGCAGCUGUGUACACAAUUAAGUGGUUAAGAUAUUUUGGAUAAACUGUUGGGUUUGUUUCUGUCUGAUCAUCCGUCUGAUGAAUGUUGCAAUGUUCUCAGACCUCAGCGAUUAACUUGGGGAGUAUGUUAUCAUAACCUAUAGGAAAGAUGGACAAAACUACCGAAAUAAGACCAAGUAGUAAUAAACAAAUACACUAUUAUUUGAGGGAGGAGGUGCAGAUACACCCCACUGAAGGAGGUGGUACCUGAAUUCAUGUGACUAUACGCACACCGUUUGUACUGCUUUUCCCAGCACAUAUUCAUUCAUGACUGGGGGGAGAUAAAGAGAAAGAAUGUGUCUGUGUGGCUUGUUUUGCAUGGCUGCUGAUUGUAUUGUAAAGGCAGUAUAAGAGUGCCCUCUAGAGGCAUUCUUAAGGCACUUGAAUGAAAGAACUUGUUGCCUCUUUAGCACACUGUGUAAUCUUAUUUAAUGGAUAUAUUUUUAUUAGAUCAGCUGAUUUGAAUGCAUGCUGACACGUUUAAGCGCACAUUUAAUUGUGCGCACAAUGGAUUACUCACACACAGUGCAGUGGGUGAGUGUGUAGUGCUCCCAAUGUAUAUUUACUCUUUGUAGAUGAAGAUGUCAUAUUUUUGUUUGCAGUUGAAACUAAUUCAUUACAUUUUCUUAAGAGGAACUUGGAACUGUUGUUGGAGUGUUGUUGUUAACAUCUCAGUAUAUUUAAAAAUGGGUGCCUUUUCAUAAAUAGAUAAUUUAUGAGAAGGUGAAAAAAAACCUGUACAAUAAGGCCAGAUUUGGUCUUUUUUUUUGUUUUUAUUUUCUCUCAUUUAUCUCUGUUUAGUGGAUAUGUUGAUAUGCAAAUCCUCAGGUUCUCAUGGUUUGCAUACCUUUACAGCUAUGUGUUCUCUAAUCAACUCCAGUCAGUUUUCUAGUUUUCAUGCAAUAUAGCUUACGGUUCUAACCUCACUGUGCCACAAUGUCAUUUUUUUUCAGAAAAUGAAACUUUUUGUGGAAAGCAGUGGCUUCAGUUGUGUUCAGUAGUGACUUAAGCUUGGAUCGAUUUUGGUGCAGCAGUACCGUAUACUGUAUAUUUUCAAUUGCAGCACUGUACUAAAUGGGCAGUGACAUUUAAUAGGUGUUGAUUAACCACGACAAAGACGGUUGCCACCCAAGCAUGUGGAAAAUGAUCACAGUAAGGACAUGUGACAGCCACAUCAUGUUCUGUACAGUAGCUUUAGAGAUGCAGUGUGAGAUAAAAAUAUGACUCCCUUUUUUAUAGAUCUUGUAAGUGGAAGUGUUGGGGAGUGCUAAUUUCUAAUUGUAUUCACACAAUUAGCCUUGCCAGUCAGGGCUGUUGAUUCGAGUGCUUUACUGAGCACAGCGUGAUCUCACGGGAAAUCCCUUUCUUAUGAUAACGGAGAAUAUUUUGACAUUGUGAAGCACAAUGCACAAUGCUUGAGAAAUGUUACCGUACGGCUCAUUGUCCAUACACAAAACCAUUGAAAAUAACCAGAAAAUAAGCUUUAAAAAUGAUUCCACAUGGUCAUGUCAUACUUCCUACCACAGGGUAGCCCAGGCGUGCUCUGCUCAGAUGAGAGUGAUUUAGAGGUAGAGUACAUGCCUGUUUCACCUCUGUCCUUCGUGGAAGGAAUGCUCUACUCCAGAGCACGACAUGAACAGAUGUGGCUCUGUGGUACAGAUAGUGUUGGUUUGUCACUGCUGCAGACCAGGGACCAUGUGAACACUGCUUUGGCUCACCUAUGGACAACCUCAUCUCAUCACACUCACCUGAAAAUGUUCACAAAUCUCCAUUUGUAUUUGUCGUUGUAAUCGUUUGGGGUUUUGUACAGUUAGAUACACAGAAGAGACUCCAAAUGACCUGCUUCUUCAUCUCUCCUGCCUGCUCAACCUUCUUUUGUGGUUUCUUUAAUGUUCCACUCUUCCAUCCUCAUCUACUUUGUUUGUUUAACAGUAGCCUCUUUUGAUGAUUACUCAGUUUUAUUAUUUGUAAGUCAACAUAAUGAUAGUGAAACGAUAGGGACUUUUGAUUCAGUUACCAAUAUGCAAGACAAAUAAAUGUGUUCAUGAGACCUA